CGGAAGAGAAGCGCGUCUCCUCAGGGCCCGCCAUCUUGUGCGGCAGCCAGCAGGGCGCGGGGGGCCCGGUAGCAUCCGCGCAGGAUCCCGCCGACGGGGGCCCAUCAUGCCCGGACACCUGCAGGAGGGCUUCGGGUGCGUCGUCACCAACCGCUUCGAUCAGCUUUUCGAUGACGAGUCCGAUCCCUUCGAGGUGCUGCGCGCGGCGGAGAGCCGGAGGAAGGAGAGCGGCGGAGGCGGCGGCGGGAGCCAAGCGGGCGGCGGGGCCCGCGGGCCGGCGGGCGCCCAGAGCGGCUCCUCGGGCGGGGCCGGCGGAGCGGGCCAGGCGGGCGGCGGCGCGGGCAGCGCGGCCAAGCAGCUGCGCAGGGAGUCGCAGAAGGAGCGCAAGAACCCGCUGCCGCCCUUCGCCGGCGGGGAGCGCCGGGAGGAUGGCGGGGGCCAGCCCGGAGCGCCGCUGCGGAAGGAGGGGAUAAGGAGGAUUGGCAGGAGGCCUGAUCAGCAGCAGCAGCAACAGCAGCAGGGUGAAGGCAAACCCAUCGACAGGAGACCCGAGCGACGACCUCCCCGCGAGCGCCGCUUCGAGAAACCCGCCGAGGAGAAGGGCGAGGGAGGAGAGUUCUCUGUGGAUAAACCCAUCCUGGACCGACCCAUGCGUGGACGUGGAGGCCUGGGCCGGGGCCGUGGCCGCGGGCGCGGGAUGGGCCGAGGAGAUGGGUUUGACUCUCGUGGCAAACGGGAAUUUGACAGACACAGCGGCAGCGAUAGAUCUUCUGUUUCACAUUCACAUUUCAGCGGCCUAAAGCACGAGGACAAGCGCGGUGGCAGCGGAUCACACAACUGGGGAACCGUCAAAGACGAGCUAACUGAAUUGGAUCAGUCAGCUGUAACUGAGGAAACGCCGGAGGGAGAGGAGCAUCCACCUGCUGAUUCUGAAAAUAAAGAGAAUGAGGUUGAAGAAGUUAAGGAAGAAGGCCCCAAGGAGAUGACCCUGGAUGAGUGGAAAGCCAUUCAAAGCAAGGAUCGUGCAAAAGUCGAGUUCAACAUCCGCAAACCAAACGAGGGAGCUGAUGGGCAGUGGAAAAAAGGAUUUGUGCUCCACAAGUCAAAGAGUGAGGAGACAAAGGCGAUGACAGAAAUGCAGGGGAGUCUGCUGGAUUCAAAUGAGGCUCACGCUGAGGACUCGGUGAUGGAUCACCACUUCCGCAAGCCCGCCAACGACAUCACGUCCCAGCUGGAGAUCAACUUCGGAGACCUGGGGCGCCCCGGGCGCGGCGGCAGAGGCGGCCGGGGGGGCCGGGGCCGCGGGGGCAGGGCCAGCCGCGGGGGCAGGACUGACAAGUUGGUCAAGGAGUUUGAUGUGAUCCACACGCCCAACCAGUCAAGUGCUUCUGCUCCUGACGUAGAUGACCCAGAGGCUUUCCCAGCUCUGUCCUAAACUGGAUGUCAUAAAGCCAACCCUGCCCUGGUCGGGCCUUCCUCUCCGAGGCUUGCAUGCUUAAGGAUCCUAAAACAACUAAGAAAUUGAAAAAAAAACAAAACAAAAAGAAACAAAAAAAAAAGAGACUGUCAUUCAUACCAUUCACACCUAAAGACUGAAUUUUAUCUGUUUUGAAAAUGAACUUCUCUCGCUACACAGAAGCAACAAUAUGGUAGUCAAGUUUUGUAUUUAGAAAUGUAAUGGUAGCAGGGAUGUUUUCAUAAUUUUUUCAGAGAUUAUGCAUUCUUCAUGGAUACUUUUUUGUAUUGCUGCUUGAAAAUAUGCGUUUCCAAACUUGAAAUAUAGGUGUGAACAGUGUGUACCAGUUAAAAGCUUUCCCUUCAUUUGUGUUCUUUUUUUUUUUUUUAAUUUAAAGUCAGGAUUUUAGACUUUCCCCAUUCCUCCCCCCAAACUCCAAAUUAGGUUUUAAUUAUUGCACACUACUUCAGUUUCUUUAAUUCCUCUUUGGCAGAUUUUUCUCAGCCCAUGGAAUCUGUGGAAUAUUAAUUUGGCAGACUGUUAGUGCUUUAUGGAACGAACUCCUGAAGUAUUUAAGUUUUAAUGCUUCACUUCCAACAUGGAAAACCAGAAAUUUCUUCAUCUCUGUUGGGUAGUUUGUUUACACAAAAUCUUUCUAGAAAAUUUAAAGCAGAUACUUGAAAUCAAGAUUCAAAGCACAUUGGUUUUUGAUUCAAUACCUGUGUAUGGAUCCAGCAAUGGGUAACUGGUCUGAAAAUCAGGUUUUUUAAAAUCCUGUAUCCCACCUUGCACUCCCCCUUUGGACUUUCAUUUCCUCUUCCUUCCCUUCAACAGAACAAGAUGCAUUUUUGGCAAAAA